GAGCACCAUCUUGGUGGAGCUGCUGUGCAUGGCUUCACUGCACACGCUGAUGAAGGCAGCUUCCCUCUAGAAUGGGGAAGUAGAUGAGGGCUGACCCAAGAGGCAGAUGAAGGGGUAUUUCUUUUUUGUUUUGAGCAGAGAUAAACAGCAGGUUAAAAGUGGUCAGAGAGACUUGGAUUUCUCAGAAAGGACAGGACCGGCCUGGAUUUUAACAAUGGAGGCAUUAGACACUAUGAGCACCUAUGCUCUGUCACCCGAUAUCCUUUUUGGGAGCCACCAGAGGAAGACUGACUGUGGAUGGAAGAUAAAACAGGGCAUGCAACGCGCCGCCUCGUCUGAAACCCUGAGCAUGAUGACAUUCGGCAACUCCGAUGCCCAGAACCACUCCACUGUCUCUCUCCAUGAAGCCAAGCAGCCGCUCAGUCACUCGCAAUCCAUGAUUCUGCCAGAGAACGGCAAGCUGAUCCAACAGUGCAGAGAUUAUUCCUGCAACGUGACCAACAUCGUUGUGGAGCCUCCCUCUCCUGACACCUCCCCAGAAAGUGAUGGCAGCACACCGGAGUUGGAAAAAGCCGGACUUUUGAACAAGACCAAAAUUGCAGAGGGAGGUCGGAAACUGAGGAAAAACUGGAGUCCAUCCUGGGUGGUGUUGGUGGGGAACAGUCUGGUUUUCUUCAAAGAUCCCAAGUCGCAGACACCGUCCAGCUGGAAACCAGGAAACAGUUGCCCAGAGAGCAGUGUAGAUUUAAGAGGUGCACAGCUGCAGUGGACCAACGAUCUGUCCAGCAAGAAGAACGUCUUCAAGCUGAGGACAGUGACAGGGAAUGAGUUUCUGCUGCAGUCGGAGACGGACUCUGUGAUCAGAGAGUGGUUCAACACCAUUCACAAGGUCAUCGAUAAGUUGGAUCGUGAAAACCCACUGGAUAACGUCCUGCUGUACUCUCUGAGGAGAGCAGGUAGUCUGGAGAUGCUGGACCAGAGUGGAGAUGAGGAUGAGAAGAGAACGUCUUUCCCUCGCUCGUUGUCCAAUCUGGAAAACACAGAGAGGAAGAGAGCCAAGAGUCGGUUGAAGAAGCUGAUCCUGAAGCGACCUCCUCUGCAGGCUCUGCAGGAGAAAGGCCUCAUUAAAGAUCAGGUGUUUGGCUGUGGUCUGGAGAUGCUCUGUGACAGAGAGAAGAGCACCGUCCCUCGCUUUGUCAGACUCUGCACUGAGGCUGUGGAGAGGAGAGGAUUGGACACCGAUGGUAUUUACAGAGUGUCUGGGAACCUGGCUGUGAUCCAGAAGUUGCGAUACUUGGUGAACCACGAGAGAGCGGUGACUACAGACGGCCGUUACAUGUUCCCAGCCGGGUUGGUACAAGAGGAGAAGCUGAAUUUGGACGAUGGCGAGUGGGAAGAUAUUCACGUCAUCACUGGAGCUUUGAAACUCUUCUUUCGUGAGCUUCCAGAGCCCCUGGUUCCCUACGGGUUCUUCACAGACAUCAUGGAGACAAUCAAAAUGUCAGACCACAUGGACAAAGUGGACCGUUUAAAGUGUCUGGUGCUGAACAUGCCUCCUCCGAACCAUGACACACUGCUCUUCAUGUGCCGCCAUCUCAGACGAGUCUUGGAACACUCAGAUUCCAACAGAAUGACCACACAGAACAUCGGCAUUGUCUUUGGGCCGACCCUGAUGCGCCCAGAGCGGGACAACGGCAACAUGGCGGUGAAUAUGGUUUACCAGAACCAGGCGGUGGAGUUCAUCCUCAGCGAAUUCGACCACAUCUUUGGGACGAGAGGCCGCUCUUGAUCUUUUUGGACAUGGUUUUGGCGAUGUGGUGUGAUGUGACGGGGGGGCGUUAAAAAAAAAGGCUCCUGCAGAUCAGACGAAGACACAAGUAGUGCAGUGUUUGUCCCCGAUGCCUGUUGACUCAUAUGGUGUAAAAUGGAUUUUCACAUCAAACGAUAAUUACGGGGUAAAAAGAACCAGGACAGAAAGCUGCUAAUCAUGACAUCUGGCCUCCAUAUAAAGCCAUGUGAAAACAAUAAUAGUCAAACAAGCCAACUUAAGCUGCAAUACUUGUGCCUUUGACUGCAGAUGUGGAUGCCAGCCCCAGUGUUCUUCGCUGCGUGAACAGACGCCCCCUUGUCAAUUUCCCUUCAUGUCUCGGACUCGAUCAUGACAAUUGAAAGGUCAUAAAAGUGAUGAAUGUCCCGCGGCCUGUUCGACCAAGCUUUGUACGGAUCGGAUAUUUAUCAAACAAAUGUGAGGAGGAAUGUUUUUGGGGUCGCAGCGCUGAAAUAAAACCCCGCGGAACCAUUUCACGGUGAGCGCUAGCUUGUAGCGACGAGGAUUUGGAGCAAAGACGCAGUGGAGCUGAUGCAACUGCAGGGGAAGACAAUGAGUUAAUGGAUCUUUUGUAAAAAAAAAAAAAAAAUGAAAAAAAAUUGAGAAAUAAUAGUCAAGUUAAAAGCAUCAAAUUUUCCUUUGUAGAUGACAGAGUGGAGUACCGUUGCGUGAUUUUAGCCCGUUAACAGUUUCCUUUAUUGUACAAAUUGAAAACGUUAGUAUUUUUUUUUACUCCUCGGAAAUGGUUAGGAAUCUGAAGUUGUAAAUAUGUGAAAUAGUGUGUUGGUCAACUCGUAGCACUUUGGGUACAGUCUGUUAACUAACCUUUGAUAUAUCACAGCCAAGCGUUCGCAGAAGCAUUCGCGCCGCACGGGGCAGCGUGGUGUUCAGAUAAAUCUAUACUGGGACCUGAUCGUUAACUCUCCUCCAAUAAAAACGGCAGAAACCUGA